UUAAUUCAUUCGAAUAAUUCCUUCAAUUCUUUUAAUUUUUUUAAUUCUUUACGAAUCUCCGCCGCAAAAAAUCAAAGAAAAGAACACAUGGCUUCGAUUUCUACGCCGUACGUUCCCUCUGUUCUUCCUAAUUCACGAUUGCUGCAGACGCAAUUCCGGCUGACUUACGCCGGCGCCGGGAUUAAUUCAUCGCCGUCGAGUCUGUUUCGGUCUCCGGCUGUCGCUUUGGCAUUUUCCGGCCACCGUGUGGCCAGUUCCUCACAGUUCAGGAUUGGAUCUUAUACGGUUGGGGAUUUCAUGACGAAGAAGGGAAAUCUGCAGGUUCUUAAGCCAUCUACGAGUGUUGACGAAGCAUUGGAGGUUCUGGUGGAGAAGAGUCUAUCUGGAUUUCCUGUAGUUGAUGACGACUGGAAACUGGUUGGCGUUGUCUCAGAUUAUGAUUUGUUAGCCUUGGACUCAAUUUCAGGUGUGGGUGAUGUUGAGGCUAAUAUAUUCCCAGAUGUCAACAGUAGCUGGAAAAGCUUCAAGUUGAUACAGAAAUUGUUGAGCAAGAAGAAUGGGGAAGUUGUAGGAGACUUGAUGACACCUGCUCCAUUGGUUGUUCGUGAAACCAUGAACUUGGAAAGUGCUGCCAGGCUGUUGCUUGAAACAAAGUUCCACCUUUUACCAGUUGUAGAUUGUGAAGGGAAGCUGAUGGGGAUCAUUACAAGAGAAGAUAUAGUGAGAGCCGGUCUUCAGAUGAAGCGUACACAUUCAAAAGAGUUGAUAUGAUUGAAAAGAUACAUUUUAAAGAUGAUAAGAUGUAGAAGGCUCAUUUGGAAUGAAACACACAAUGUUGGGUAUUUAUAUAGAUAGGAAUCACCCAUUAUUUUUUAUAGGCCCAUAACAAUUUUGACUCUCUCUAGCAUCAUUCAUUUAUCCCAUAGUUUAUUGAUAUGUAUAGUUUAUUAAGAGGUUCAAAACUUUUUCUUUUAGAACAAUUAAUAUGGAGUCAAUAUAUCAUUGAGUAAUCACUUAGAAAAUAAAUAAAAUACAUUUAAAAAUGAAUGUAAUAAAUUGA